AUGAACGGUGCGAUCCCGGCGCAGCUCGGCGCUCGCAUCAAGCUAACCUGGCUCAGCCUGUCCAACAACGAGCUCAGCGGUGCGAUCCAGGCGCAACUCGGCGCUUUCCACAAGCUAACCUGGCUCAAUCUGUCCAACAACCAGCUCGUGGGCUCCAUUCUGCCGGAGCUUGGAGCUCUCAACAAAAUACGGAUGCUACAGCUCGCCAUCAACAACCUCACAAGAGCGAUCCCCGCUCAGCUCGGCGCUCUCAAGAAGCUAACGUGGCGUGACCUCUCCGACAAUGAGCUCAGCGGCCACAUCCCGCUGGAGCUAGGAGAUCUUCGUGCCCUCAAGUACCUCUACCUCUCCUUCAAUAUAGAUGGGUCGAUACCAAAGGAGCUGGGAGCCCUCGCGGAGCUCCACAGGAUCUUUCUGAACUCAAAUCAGCUUACACGUACAGGUCCCAUUCCCCCUGAGCUGGGGAACCUUGGUGCCCUAAAAACGCUCGACCUGGGAAUCAAUGAGCUGACGGGUGCGAUCCCGGCGCAGCUCGGCGCUCUCAACAAGCUCACCUGGCUCAACCUGGCCAACAACCAGCUCGUGGGGCCAGCACCCAAGGAGCUGGGCGACCUUUCCGAGCUGGAGGAGCUUUGGUUGAGAGUCAACCAGCUUACAGGAUCUAUUCCCGAGGCACUCGGGACUCUCAGCAAGCUGGAGGUGGUUGCCCUGGAUGCACACCAGCAUACAGGCCCCAUCCCGCGGGAGCUGGGAGUUCUCAGCAGGCAACUGGCACUUUCCUUCUCCAAUAACGAGCUCACAGAACAAUAG